AUGCCCUGGCCACAUGUUGCUUGGUGGUUCAAGGCCAGUGCAGUUUUCACGGAACUGCGGACAUGGCUCGUCCUGACCUGGCGUCCGAAGCACCGCGAGGUCUUCAAGAUCUUUAGGGACUUGCUGAAGAGGGCCCUGGGGGCCAGAGACUUGAGGAUCCUGCACCUGAGUUUGCUGGAACUUAAAAAGUCGCUUGAAGAGCAAAACCCAAAUCUUCAGGAACCUGUUCAAGAGGGUCAUUUCAAUCACGAAGCAGCUUUGGAGUUCCAUUUGAGUCGGCUCACAAACAUCCUAGAGGGAGAGGGAGGGUAUGACCGACACCGAGUGGAGCUGCUGUUCGAAAGCUGCUGCUGCACUUUGGGGCUGGUGGAGGAGGCCCUGGACCAGGCCACUUCAAGAGCAAGCAAUACGGAGUCGACCUCUUAUGGCAGCGGCCAUCCUUCAACUGGCUAUAGCUUGCAGGACACGGUGGGCCAUUCGGGCCAUGCGUCCAAGAUCAUUCCCUUCCUGCGGGAGUACAGCCAUUUCGAACCAUCAAUGGGUCCGGAGACCCUGGGCGAAGACAUUCAGCCCCGUGAUGUCCGUGCACCGGUGCGAAAGCGCAUCAACCGCUGCACCGGGGAGUUUUUGAAACCUGAGCUGAUUCUCAUCGGUUGCACCAAUGGGAAGAGCCGGGAAGAAGCGGUCUUGAAUUUUAACCACUCUGGACUGGGCCCCAAUUAUAUCAUUGCCAAGGACGGCAAGAGUGAGUCGUUUGUGGACAAAGCUCUAUGCGCCUGGUGGGGGAAUCCAGCAUGUUGGCGCCUGGUUCGUCCUGUGUAUACCUUCGAAGGUGUUGGUGAGCACAGUGAGGUGCAUGCCUAUGCCAUCUCCAUUGGCCUGGAAGGCGACGGCGAAGGCAACGAGAGCUUCACUGAGGCACAGUACACGGAGUUGCUGAGGCUCAUCGUUGACGUGAAACAAAGGCACCGCAUCAAAGCGUGGAACAUCCUUGGGCUAGCAGAGGUCAGCAUGCCGCCCGGGCGAUUCUCUUCACCGGGCACUGCCUUCGACUGGAGGAAAAUCAGCGAUGUGACCUUCAACGUGGAUGCGGGAGAGAAGUCCGCAGUUGGCGAUGUCCGAGGGCUGAUGCAGGAGUGGGGUUAUGGACUGGGCCUUCAAGAAUUGGACUUCCAGAACAGGUUGCAGAUCUUUCGGUGUCGUUAUGGCUUGCAGCAAGAUGCCGAUCAUUAUGAAAAGGAUGUGGCCCAUUUGAAGGCCUUAAUUGAUGCCAGAUCUGCAGAAAUGCAGACUUAG